CUCUUUUUUUCAUCCAAUCCCAUUCUCCCAUAUCUCACAUUCUUCCUCUUCUCAUCGUCCUCCUCCUCGUCCUCAACCUCGACAACCUAACUAAUAGUCGUUGGCAUCGGGUACCACAUCUGGUGGCACGCUCCACACUGCCAUAAAUCAUAUCUUCAGCACUGCCUGUCAACUUCUUUGUUUGACUGCCUUUAAAGCCCCCACCCCCUUCCCCGCACUUCCUUUAAACCACCCAUGGAUAUUCACUUCGACGAAGCUUGGUGUCCAGUUUGUGACAGGCAAAUCAUGCCUAAGCGGUUUACAGUACCCGUCAUCCCACAACCUCAAGAACCCACACCUGUCCCCACGCCAUCGCCAGCAUCAUCAUCUCCGUCGAAAAAUCAACAGAGUGACUCUACUGCACGCACUUCCCGAACGAAAACUGGCCCAGUUCGCGCGAAGAAUGGCCUUGUGCAAGGUACCGGUCGUGUCAAGCUUAAUGGAGCAAUAAAGCGAUCCGACUCAACGUCAACCGCAAACAAGGGCCGUGCCUCGCCGCCUCAACCUCCACAACCUGUCCCACCUGUCAAGCACCGCACUAUCAUUGACCAGGGUCCAAUCCCUCUUUACUGUUCGGAUGAGUGUCGUCUCCAAGACUUGGCAAGACUCGAUGGCGCUUACCCACUCAAUUACCACCCUGAUCGUUCAUCGCCACCUCUCCCUCGCGUCCCUCAUAAUUCUUUCGAAAGGCGAUAUUGCGAAUCAGAAGAUGAAUCAGCCAGCGCUUCCGGAUCAUCACUUGACUCAGGUUGUUCGUCUUCCGUACCGGUCGUCAAUGUCUCUCGCAGUAUGGCCACCCUUGCCGCCCUGUACAACUUCCCUCCCUUACCUCCUGCGCCACCUAUUUUGUCACCGGCCGACAGCACAUCCUCAUUGGCGCCCGAGUAUAACAACGAUUACCAGGGCGGGACAAUGAUGGCAAGCAAGCGUAUCAAGGAGGUAUUGUGCCUACCACGCGCCAAGCCUUCGUCGUUUUAUAGUGAACCGCCUCAACCCAGGAAACCAGUUCCUGGUUGGACCGACGGCGGUAGUGAAUGGCGUCAAUCUGUGUAUGGCGGAUACUCCAAACGUCCAGACAAUGCAUCUGUUGGGUCCGAGAAAGCCCAGACCUCAUUCGCAGCAUCGUCACAUCGUGGUGUGCAAUGGACUUCGACACUUUCCCAGUCAAAUUCAUCUAGUGCUCUUGCCGCGCAGUGUCCUGCCUCCAACCUGCCUCCUCCUCGUUCGAGUCAGUCGUACAGCGAAGAGUUGUACACCAAAUAUUCCCUCCCUCUUUCUCGCAGAUCAGAAUCACGUAUGUCACUUUUCCCCCACUCGGCUUCUUCUUCCGCACAAUCACCUCCGCUGUCUCCCACUUCCACAUCUUCGUCCUGUCGACGCCGUCGUGAAGUCCCUCUGCUCAAGCGAGGCGCAGAGGGUCGUUUACUGGUUCCCGACGUCAUACUCACUCGAAACAACUCGAGUAUGGGUUUGUUAUCGCAGCGUCUUGCGAAACCUUUGAGGAGGCACCCCAGCGAAGUUAGUGAAGACAGUAUCUUGAGUGACACCACGUCUGAAUCGCUUGGUACCUCGUCCCGACCUGGACCACAAAUUCGCACAUGGUCAUACGAUAAUAUCAAGACUUACCCUGUGAUGAUGCCUCCUGCAAAGAAGGAGAAACGCAUCGAGCAUCGCAUGGUUGACGGCGAGGUCAAGGAGGUCGAAGUCGAGGUCGAAGUAGUUCAACCCUUGAAACGCCUCUUCCUGUUCCCUGGCAAGGAAACAACUCCUGUGGGACGGUCCUAAAUGGCACGCGUAGCCACUAUCCCCCUUGACCUUGUCUGUUUCUCGAGCAUUCCAUCAUACCCUGUAUUUGCACGGUCGCGGAUCGCCGACGGCCAUACCGCCACAUUCACGACGCAUACCCAUUACUUUAUCGAUUCUUUACCGGCAUCUCUCAUCGCAUCAUGACCACACGCAAUUCACGACAUCCCAUUUAA